GUCUAUAAUAUAUUGAUGAAAAACAGUGUAAUAGGGGACCUUUAAAAUGUAACCUUGACACUUGGUGUUUAAAAGAUUGAGUGUUUCAAACUCCUUCCUCUAUCAGACUUAGAGCAAGAGGUCCAAGAACUGAUGAAAAUGAACUGCAGUAAUGAUGUCAACCUCCAGUGUGACGGUGAGAUCCUCAGUAUGACUUAAUUUUCACUAUUAUGCUAGUGUUCGAGUGUUUUGAAGUAGCUUUUUUUGACCGAAUAUUUAAUCAAACAGAUUUACAAAGGCAACUGCAACAGAGCCAGGAGGACGCAGAUCGUCUGCAGCGGCAGUUGCAUGAAAAGGACGCCAACCAUAAAACGCUGCAGCAGGAGUUAGAAGAAAUGAGGAGGGAGAAAAACAAGCUGCAGGGCGCCUACCACGAUCUGCAAAAUGAGAAGAACAAUCUUGAAGAUAUUGUACAAGAUCUUCAAAACAAAUUGAGUGAUGUGGAUGAUAAGACGAUCUAUGCCAGUGAGUCACACACAAGACUUUAUUUCAUUUCUUUGAAGCUGUCAGCCUGAGGAUUAUUUGGACAUUUUUAUCUAAAACAAUAUCACUGGUGUACUUCUAAUCACUUUCAAUUCAUGUUAAGUUACAUAUGAUAAACUACAUUUUUUUCUUCCGUUUUACAGCGAAGCCGACCUUGGAUCCAAACACAGCCAACCCGCGAAUAUUGAUGUCGGCAGAUAACGCAGAGAUGUCCACUACUGAGCAUAUACAAAAUGUCCCUGACCACCCGAGCAGAUUUAAUAUCGCUCUCGCUGUCCUGGGCAUGGUCGGCUUCUCUUCUGGCAGACAUUACUGGGAGGUGUCUGUAGCCGGAAAGCUUUGUUACCACCUCGGUAUGGCCAGUGAAUCUGCCCAAAGAAGAGGAAUGAUCAUCUUCAGUCCGACAAAAGGUUUCUGGACUGUAGUCCUCGACAAACAGGGUCAGUUUAAAGCUGUUGAAAGUAGACAUGCUAUUAUUCCACUUGAGACGCAACCUCUUAGAUUGGGGAUUCUGCUGGACUAUAAAAAGGGCCAGAUUUCGUUUUACGACGCUGGUGCCAGAUCUCACUUGUACUCCUUUGUGCAGCAAAGCUUUACAGACAAAAUCUAUCCAUUUAUCAAUUUUUGUGUUGAGGAUGUUGAAGGUCAGACACCUAUAGUGAUAAGCUCUCCUGGAUCAGUAGACUGGAUCAAAUAGAGAACAGGGCAAGGUUUGUUUGUCCAUUGUUUCAAAUCUCAGCUAUGUAUUUCAGUAUGUUGUAAAAAAUAUCCCUGCACCUUCAGACAUACUUACUGCUGCAGAAUGUUUCAAACAAUAAAAUGCAUUUUGUUUAUUG